AUGACGGGGAAUUUUCGCUCUCUAUUAAUUUUGUGUCUGACAUUUGUGUCGUCUUGUGUCGCACUCAACACCGAGCUAGUCAUUUCAAACGCCAAGAUUGCCCCGGACGGUUUUGCACACGACGCUAUCGUGGUCAAUGGUGAUUACCCUGGACCAGUCCUCACAGCAGUGAAGGGCGAGCGCUUUCAAAUCAAGGUCAAGAAUGUGUUGGUGGAUGAGUCGAUGAACAAGAGUACAACCGUUCACUGGCAUGGAAUCAAGCAACGCUCAUCGAACGAGAUGGACGGAACUGCUAUGGUGACCCAAUGUCCCAUAGCGUCUGGGCAUUCUUUCAUGUAUGACUUCACGCCAGCCAGCCAGAGCGGGACAUUUUGGUAUCAUUCACAUUACACACUCCAGUACUGUGAAGGUUUAAGAGGACCCGUGGUCAUUUAUGACCCGCUAGAUCCCUACUUGGACAUGUAUGACGUUGAUGACACAUCGACUAUUCUCACUAUCUUAGAUUGGUAUCACGUGAACGCCUACGAUAUCACCGGAACUGACAAUCCCGAUGCGAUACUCAUCAAUGGCCGCGGCCGCUAUGAAGGCGGUCCUCCGGUACCUCUUUCUGUUCUCAGUGUUGUGCAGGGAAAACGCUACCGUAUUCGAUUGAUGAAUAUGGCAUGCAAACCAAGCUUCGUGUUCUCUAUCGACAGCCACACGUUUACUGUCAUCGAAGCAGACAGUGAAAACACGUUACCUCUGGCCGUUGACUCGGUUCCAAUCUUGGUUGGGCAACGGUACUCUAUAAUCCUGAAUGCAAAUCAGACGGUCGACAACUACUGGAUUCGCACAAACCCCAAUUAUAACACGACCUUUGCAGGAGGUCUAAAUUCCGCGAUCCUUAGAUAUGAAGGAGCUCCACAGCGGGACCCCAUACACAGAAAUUGGACUCUAAGUAACCCUUUGUCUGAAUCGAACUUGCGCGCUCUAGAAAGCCCUGCAGCCCCUGGUCUUCCAGAGGCCGGUGGCGUAGACGUUUCGUUGAACCUAGUCAGCGUGUGGGACGACAAUAUCGGGAGAUUUCUCAUCAAUGGCUAUAGCUAUACCUCGCCGACCACUCCCAUUCUAUUGCAACUUUUAACAGGAGAGUUGACUGCCUCUCAGCUGCAGCCCUAUGGGUCGGUUUACACCUUGAAUUCCGGACCAUGGUUAUUCCACUGUCACAUUGACUGGCACCUUGAGCUGGGUAUGGCUGUGGUGUUCGCACAAGAUUCAGACACCGGUGAUACUUCUUUGCACACACCAGGUGCAUGGAAGCAGCUGUGUCCGAUCUAUGAUGAUUUGCCAUCAAUAAUUCGGAACGGGAGCGAAUCGUGA